ACUCAUCCCGAGACCAGUCCCCAUGUUUGUGCGUGAAAGCUCACAAGUUAUCAUCGUGGCUUGCCGGUAUUGUCUGUUAAAGUUAUAUUUAAGGUGUAUUUCGACAAUGUUAAAAUCAUACAUCGGCUCUGGUACCCCCACAUCAGUUCCGACGUAGCGUCCAUCCAAGUGUUUUUUUUUCUGUUGCAUCUGUUCUUAUCACCUUGUGAAUGUGCUAAUACGAGCAUGUUCAUCAAAGGUUAUACCUGUAAGCUCUAGCCUAGUUGUGAUCAAAGCACUCAUCAGCUUACAUGUAUGAUGAUGCAAAUAAGCCAUGCGAUUUAUCUGCAGCUCAAUGUUUACUCAGACAUGUUCGUUAUUGCUAGUAGAACUUUGUUUAGUGGUUUUUAGUUUUCGUUGAUGAUUUUGAUGUCCCUUGACAUUCAUCCUCCUUAUUUUAGUUUGAUGUGACCCGAACUCCCGUAGCUUCGCAUGUCUGUGUGGCUUUUGCAUGCCGGGUUCUUUGGGCGCCGACUCUUAUGUCGGAUGCUGACUCCCUUACUUUCUGUCUAGAUCUGAAAGCCGAGAGCAUCGACUUGCCGACGGAGAGUGCUGACUGCGACUGGAGCUCCGGACUUCAGCCGUCCCCGUGCGUGCAGUGCGCUGUGUGCGGCCCAGGCCUUGGCGGUCCGCGCACGCCGCUGGACGGAGUGCUCGACCAGCCUGGCGAGGAGGGAAGCAUGCCGGACUCGAAGCUCGCUGCAGGCGUCGGCGCGGAGCAGGCCCAGCAGCUGCUCGUCGGCGAGGCCUUCUCCCUCGCAGUGCCGGCUGGCGACGCGGUCCAGGACGAGCAGGCCUCGAGCAAGGAGACGGGCAGGAAGGCGCGCCGCGGAUUCAACUGUGGGGAGUGCGGCCAGCGUUUCCGGACUGAGAGCGGAUUGCGGGACCACCUUGCAAGUCACACUGAGGGCGGACCUCACUCGUGCGGGGUGUGUGGCAAGGAGUUCUCCAGGAAUUGGGUUCUUGUGAGGCACUCGAGGAUCCACACCGGGGAGAAGCCUUACAAGUGUGACGUCUGCGGAAAGGCAUUCACUCUGUCAUUUGAUUUAGUGAAACACAAGAGGAUCCACACCGGGGAGAAGCCUUACAAGUGUGGCGAGUGCGGAAAGACAUUUGUUUAUUCACAUCAUUUAGUGAAUCACAAGAGGAUGCACACUGGGGAGAGGCCUUUCAAGUGUGUCGUCUGCGGGAAGGCAUUUUCUGUUUCAUCUCAUUUAGUGCAACACGAGAGGAUCCACACCGGGGAGAAGCCUUACAAGUGUGACGUCUGUGGAAAGGCAUUUUGUGAUUCAUCUAAUUUAGUGUCACACAAGAGGAUCCACACCGGGGAGAAGCCUUACAAGUGUGCCGUCUGCGGGAGGGCAUUCUCUCAGUCAGCUUCUUUGUUACGACACAAGAUGAUUCACGCUGGGGAGAAGCCGUAGGAAUGUGUUGCCUAAAGAAAGACCUUUUCUCUGUCAAGCUAUGCGAAGUCACUCGAGGAGUCCUUUGGCAUCGCGACACACACGCUUGUGAAACGGCCCCUCUAUAGAUCUUUGAUUGAAGCACUCGGUGUGAAACUCUACUAUGUUAACCUGGUGUCCUCGUCACUGUCGGCCUUUUUUUUGUUUUAAUUAUUCCCGUACCGUAAUACUUAAUAGUGCCAGUAUCAGCACUACGUAUAGAGUACUCCGAAGAAGCU